UGUACAGUAUUAACUAUCUGUAUGUUCAGGAAGUUGCAAAAAAGUUUUAAAUAUACAAACAGGUUACUCCAGAGGUCAUUUCCCUUGCCGCUAUCACUAGAGUUACUGUCAUAACUGACGGCAGGAAGUUGCAAUAAAGUUGCGACAUAGAAUUAUAGAGCAAGCAGGAAAUACUAGAUAUGUAUGUUUGGUUUUCUCUAAGCUCCGAUAGGAUUGACAUGUGAUUGGAUUGUGUAUAAAAGAGGGGAAGUGUUCAAAAAGAAUUACCAAGAGCAAACUGCUUUAUAUUCUGGCAGAAAAGAAACUUUCGACUAUGGGUCUUCUUCUGAGCACCUUCCACCGAGCCCUACUGAAGUUCACUGGAUACCAAGCACGGAUCCUGAUGUGUGGUCUGGAUGCUGCCGGGAAGACAACUAUCCUGUACAAGCUAAAGCUGCACGAGACAGUCACUACAAUCCCCACCAUUGCAAUCAAUGUAGAGACUGUUGAACCAGUCGGUAACGUCAUAUUCACUUUGUGGGAUAUAGGAGGUGGGAACAAGAUGAAGCAACUUUACCCUUUAUACUAUCCAGAUACAGAUGGAGUUAUCUUUGUGGUGGACAGUAAUGACCCAGAAAGAUUUCCUGAUGUCGGGACAAUGCUGAAUGAUAUGUUGGAACAAGAGAGCCUGAGAGGAGUCCCCUUUAUGGUGCUGGCCAAUAAGCAAGAUGUCCCCAGUGCCAGGAGACCAGAAGAACUUGCUGAGAAUUUGGGGCUGGAUGACAUAAAGAGAGACCUAUGGCAUAUCCAAGGCUGUUGUGCCACAACUGGGGAAGGUCUUGCUGAGGGGAUGGAGAUCCUUGCUGAAUUAGUGAAACAAUUUAAGAACAACAAGGGUGUCUCCCGCUAGUAAAUGUCUCUCUACAAUAUAGAAAUUUGUUCAAACCAGAGAAAUACUAAUGGCGGAUCUGGACUGAAAAUCUCAUAUUAUUGAAAGUUAUCAAAAUCACAACUUGUACUAUCAUUUCCAAAUCUAUUGGAAGGACUGAUCCCAGGAUUAUAACUUAUUACUGUCCCAGAGGAUAGGUGAUAAGUAUCUGAUCGAUGACCCCCAAGUCAGUGGAACGACCGCACACACGCAAGACUGCCACUCCAUUCACUUAUAAGACUGCCAAAGAUAGCCGAGUACAGCGGCAGCGAAUGAAUAGAACAGCGGUCAAGGAUGUCGUCUGUCGCUCCAUUCUCUAAGAGAUCAUAUGGAUUUUAUAGAGGGUGAGUCCCCUUAUUGUGCAAAGUGGAGAGCCAGGAAGCAUCAGUGGCAACCAGCCUGACAGGCACAGUCUGUUCAUGUAUUACUUUUGAAUGGCCUCUGUGUAAUACUAUAUUUCCCAUUAAAGAGGUACUCUGCUGGAGCCGGUGCCGGGAGCUCGUGACGUCAUGAGGGGGCUAUGACGCCACGAGCUCCCGGCGCCAGCUUCAGCGUUCGGAACAUUUUGUUCCAAAUGUUGAGCAGUGGAGUACCCCUUUAAGAGGGUGUAUGGUUGAUGCCAACAGCCAGGGGUUUUAAAAGCUGGACCGGGUUGGUCUUAUGUAAAACAGGGGCUGUCGUACUAAGAUAACACCAUUCACUGCUCUAUGCAUGAUAUAAUAAAUAUAUUCUGCACAAUGAAAAUGUUAUUGUCUUUGUAUUAUCUGCACUGUGAUCAUCCUGAAUAAAAAAUGGCUGCCCAUAAAUAUUCAUUGGAUUUUCAUUCCUCU